UUCCAACACCAAUUAGUAGACGGUCUUAUCCAGCCAAAUUUUGGCAAAAUGGAUGCUUCUACGAUUGAUUUAGAUGCUGAAAUCCGGAAUUUGGGGAAAAUUCUCAUUGAGCAUCCUGCUCAUGUGGAAAAAGUUCUUCACACUUUAGAGUUGGAUAAUUCGGCUCUACGGUACAUUGAUGCGAUUCUAAACAGCCAUAUAAAGCAACUGUAUCGUAAUUUAUCCUCUAAUUCUCCUCUACAUACUCUCUCAACCUUGAGAGCAAUGGCCUCAUGGAACAAUGGGGUUGCUUGUAGUCGAGUUUUCCAAGCCUUUGACUGGAGUAGUAAAGUGUUUACGAAGAUGUUGCAACUUUCUAAUCAAAUGAACUCUUCAAAACGAAACGUCAAACGUAUGCGUUUUGCGUCUUCCAAGAAACGUUCCUCUUUCAUCUUCCUGUUAAUUACAUUGAUUCGAUACGGUACUCAAGAGGUGCGCACGGAGCUCAUCAACACAAAAAAUAUAACUACUCCCUUAUUUAAAGGAAUCUGUAACGAUGAACCGAUUGUUUUGAAAGAUCUUUUACAGACUUGGCUUACAUACAUAAUCUUAGAUCGUAAUGUGAAUAGAGCUACAAAAAUUUUCUAUUUUAAUGAGUGGUCUUUGAACUGCAUUCUAAGUCUAUAUUCGCGAGAAGAAGAAAUCAAUGGGGUUCCUUUGUACGAGCUUGUUCACAAAUUUUUUCUUCGGGCUUGCACUGUUCCUGGAGAAGGUCUUUGUUUUUUCUCAAUGGGAUGGCACGCUCCUCUGAAAUUUGAAGCUAAUAAGAGCGUUUAUAACCGCGUUCUCCAGUCCCUUCUGCCUUCACUACAUAUAUACACCGAUCCUUUGCAGCGGGAGCUUUGUUUAAAAAUAUUGAGUGCAUGUCCUGAUAUAUCUGCCUCCUUUUUGGAAAGAAAUAGCUUGAAUACUGAGGCGACACUAAGCUCUCAAUGGAUUUGCUUCACCUCCUUCCUUCAAACUUUUCUAAACAUGGACUUGCCUGAACCCUUUUUUCAUCCUGAAACCAAGUCCACUCCUUCUAUUCAUAGUAUUGUUGAGAAUGUUUUACCGGCAUCGUUUUCAAAGCCUUUAAUGUUGAAAGCUUUGAAUAGUUCAGAUAAACUUGUCUGCUACCUAGGCUUGAAUACUUUAUUAUCGGCCUUCAAGAGAUUAAAAGCAGUUUUGGCGACUAUUGACAAAUCUGAAUUAAGUUCUGAACGAAAAAUCUCGUUAACUGCAUUAAUUACUGAUGUUAUCUCCAAUCGCCUUCCUGAUGCGCAAUUAUUCAUUCAGCUUUACACGACAAGUAAGCAAGAACUGUUGACAGAUGCUGUUUCGAAAGUUAUUCUAUAUUUUUAUCUUUUUUUCCCAGAAACUGUCUUGAAACUCAAAAUCAGCAGCAAUGUUUUCUUGGGCAUUGACUUCUCAUCAUUUUCUAUCGAUCGUCCUUUCUCCCGUUCUCACUUACAGAGCAUUGUUCAAAUCCUACAGUUUCUACCUGAUAUUAAGUGGUUUGAGCUGUCCAAUUCCCCGUUUAUUUUCCUGACUUCUCUUUACCUAAGGUCUGAGUACUCUCAGUUGAAGGAUGCUGUCGUUAAAGUUCUGGAAGAUGCUUUAGCCGAAACUGAUAUUGUCUCGCCAUGUCUUUUAGUAUCUCCCAUUAUACCUAUGUUACAAGCUUUGGAAGCUAUACCUGGUGAACAUGUUGACUCUGUCCUCCAGUACGCCAAUGCAUGCAUAAACCGUUGUACAUCUCGUGUUUAUGCAUAUUUAGAUGCAUCCAUAAGCUAUUGCAAGGAAUCACUGUUAGAUUAUCAAGAUGGAAUGGUCCCGCCGUUUUCUCCGAUUUCGAUAGUGCUUGUUGAGCAGGUACCAUUUCUCCUGAAAGACACCUCGGUUAGUCAAGAUGCUAAGUUAUGUAUUUUAAGUUGGAUUUUCAAAUCCUUAAUUUUUUUCGGCUGCUGUGGUGAGUCUUUCGAAUGCCUCUCGAAAUUAUUUAAAGGAUUAAUUAGUGUUAUGGCUGACUAUGACUUUGCUGCAAGCCAUACCAAUGCUUUUAGCCAAACCAUCGAGAAGUUGGCAGGGAAUAAGGAAUUGGAAGAGUCAUUACCAAAUUUAGACUUGCUAUCAUCGCUUUUGUUGACUAACGAGGAUUCAUUUUGGAAAAUCGUUUCGACUCAGUUUUCUAUUCAGCCAAGGUUUGCUCUUCUUUAUUUUUCUAUUCUGCUAAAGAAACUUGCUAUUUUGUUGAUCAACGGUAAACCAGACAUGAAGCCUCUUCUCGGAUUACUUUCAGAAAAUGUACAAUUAUUUUUGGAUUUAGUGGAUGAUCAUUUAUACUUAAAUCUGAAAAAUAUUUUUUCUAGUCCUGUAAACUUACAAAGUUUUGUCAUGCAUCCUGAUUACACUGAAUUUAAUUUGCAGUAUGCCGAUCUUCUUUAUGUAACCGAUGCGUUUAAUACUGAAGGCUACAUUAGCAAAUUCUCCUUUCAAGAAACGAAAGAUCUAUUCAAUCAUCCACGAGAAGACGAUCUAUGGAAAAUGCCUCUCCUUGCUAAGUAUAUGGAGCUGUGGUCUCACGAUCAAAUUGGCAGUGUCUGCCAAACUAUCGACUUGUUCAUCCAAGAGCACACUCUGUUCGUCAAUCAACACUGCUGCAGCAUUUCACCAGUGCUGUCAAAGUAUAUUAGUUAUGUAUCGACAUGUAAACAAGAAUUGUCUGAGCAAACUUUUGAGGUGCUGCUCAAAAAUUCUUUGACGCAAUUCACGGAAUUAUCGAUAUCUUUAAGUGAACAUAUUUGCCAGUUGAAGGAACGUUUUAGUGAAGCUUGCAUGAUAAAGGCUUCAGAGACAUUAGAAUCUGUAUUACUUGAGGGUUGUGACGAUAUAAGAGUAAAUAUUAUAUGCUCUCUUAUAAACACGUCAUCUGAAAUUGCGUCUAGGUUAUGGAAGCUUUUCCUUUCUAACAGAGCGCUCGGUAGUCAACUCUGUAAAGAAUAUAUCGGGUUAUAUAGCGUUUUGGCUCAGAAAGUUGAUACCAAUCAUGUUCCUUUGAACGAAGUUGAAGAAUGGUGUACGUUUAUCCUCGAAAUGAAUAGAGAAUACAUUCUAAAUAAUUUAUCGAUCCUUGCUAUUGCGUUCCCUAUGGUUUCGUUGGGCAGGGUGAAACCCUCCUUGAUUGACGAAACUAUGUCUAAGCUAUCGGAGGAUUACCUACCGUAUGAAAUUUUUGAACUCUUGAGAAUUAUUACUUCAAAGAACGAAGUCUCUUCAUCAAAAGUCGCCAACGUAUGCUCUGAUAUUUUAUUGUUGUUGACUCGUGUCUUUUCAAGUAAUGAUGGAUUGGACAAGAAUGUGUCUUCAUUUGUUGAUUACUUUGGUGUUUAUUUGGUUGACAAUUCAGAAAGUGUGAAAAACGUAAUUAGCAAAACAGUUAUAGACAACUUUUUGGAAUCAACUCUAAGACAUCUUCAGUGUAAGUCAAUAUUGGAAUUCAAUCUUAAAGUCUUGUUUUCUGUACAAACAGGACAAUGCAAUUCCUCAAAGAUUUUGCAAAUGAUAUUGGCACAUGAGGGCAAUCCUUUGUUGUUGGAGGAUUCUUCUAAUGACAAUAAGUCACUUAUUGCUGCUACCAUUUGUAAGCUUACGAUAAUGGGCAAUAACUACUCAUUAUCGAUUAUGGAUCAGAUUAUUCGCUUAUUCAAAGGUCGAUACACACUCCAUGACUCAAUCCUCUGCGAGCUUCUGCGAUAUAUGGAAGAAAGACUUAACGUUAGCAUCGCCAGUCGUUACAAAGGUUGGGUUAUCACGAAUGAUGAGGACGUAAUAACAAUGUCUAUAAAGGAUAGAUCUUCGGUUUUAGAGCCACGAGUGGCUUUGGAAAGUAUUCAUCAUUAUCCUUCAGAUUAUAUUCCGAUUCAACUGGAAUCGUUACAAAAUUUGGAAAUAUGCGAAAAACUUUUGAAGGCAUCAGAAUUUGAAUGGAAUGAAAAAAUUUAUCAUCCACUUUUUGCAUUGGGUGUUGUUGGAGCAUUAUAUCAUACAAAUCCACAAGUCUCUAAUAUGCAAGUUAUAUUGCAGCAACACUUUUUUGGAUUAAUAUUAAUGGGUCUUUCACUGCAUAAUGAACAGUUACGAGCUGCUAGUUUUCAUUUCAUUCAGCAUUUCCUUUUGGGAUUAGAAGAUCAAAAGCUUCGUGAAAGGCACCUCGUUAAGCUAGUACUCUCAAGUGUGAUUGUUAAUGUUUCUUCUCCAAGUCAGAGAUUAAGCACAUUAAUGGCGAAUUUUUAUGCUCAGAGUAUUAGUAUAAUUAUGCGGCCAUCCCAUCACAUGUUUUUAGGUAUCAAUCGGUAUUUUUUGCAAAGACAACACAUUGAUACUGCGGAUAUCCCUAUGUUUUAUGAAUUAUUAUACCCUUCUUCCGAUUACACAAAGUGUCUUUCUUGGUUAUUGUCAUUGUUACUGGCAGGCUUACAGAAAGGUGAAGAUCUAAAGCUAUACCUUCGUCGUCAUGUAUUCGAAACAAUAUCUACAUUGUAUGAAUCUUGUGUGGUGAAUAAAGAGAUACGAGAAGCCAUUUCGAAAAUCCUUUUAAGGGUAGAGGCAUUAGGUGCUGGUGGUAUCUUAAAAAAGCAUAAUGCUGUGUACUCCUUACUGCAGUUACUUCCGCAGAAUGAAAAUACGCUACAAUCGAAAUCACUAAACAUAGCAGAAGCCUAAAAAGGAAAGGAAAAAUCUAAGUCGUUUUGUUAUGGGAAUCCGGUUACGUACAAAUAAUAGAACUUGAAAAAAAAUUUUGCUUACUCAAUAAAAGAAUAAAAGGAUAUGGAAGGAUUUAUUAUAGAACUACAAACGUGGAUAAAAUUCAUGAAACCAUAGAGAAAUCGAUUUGGAAGAAACUAGUGUAUGCGCUUAAUUCUAUCAUUAUAAAAGUAACAAAUAAGGCCAAAAGGAAGACAGGGAAGUUUGAGAGAAGGAAAAGAAGGAAGGAUCAUAGAAGUGUAGAAAGCUUUUUAAAGACCGUAACGAGCAGCCAUUUCGUUUUGAAAAGUCAUUUCCAUUGGGGCUUGGCUAGUGUAUAUAUCAGUUUCGUCUAAGCAAGCUUCACGGUUGGCAAGGAUAUCUGCAUGAAAGUUACUAGGACCACCCAAAGCCAUAGGUCGGACGCUCUAAAUAAACAAGUUAGCAAAACAAGUUUUGUUCCUAGAAGCAAACAACGAUUCCAUAAAUUCUGCAAAAAAAUUUCCA